AUGAUCUACACCAUCGAGGAAAUAAAUAGUAACCAAACUUUACUUCCGAAUAUUAAACUGGGCUACAAGAUCCACGAUAGCUGUGGUGAUCCAGCUAUGACUACCAAGGUGACCACCAUGCUUAUCACUGGGCAGGAAGAGACGCUAGCUGAAACAAAGUGUAAUACAAUCUCUGAUGUCCCUGCUCUGAUCGCAGAUGCUGAGUCAAUGCAGUCUGUAGCAGUAGCGAGGGUCAGUUAUUCCGCUGCGUAUGACUACCUCAAUAAUAUGUACGAAUUCCCUACAUUUUUCCGAACGAUUCCCAAUGAUUACCAUCAGGUGGAGGCUUUGGCUCGGAUUAUCAAAUACUUUGGCUGGAACUGGAUUGGUACAAUCAGGAGUAAUUCCACCUAUGGCGCUCUGGCCAUGGAUGAGAUUAUAGAAGGAGUCCAGAAACUCGAUAUCUGUGUUGCCUUCUCAGAGUUGUUACAUCACAUGUAUGCAAUAAAUUUCACUGCUAAGAAUGGAGAAAGUAUCUACUUCGACCAAAAUUUGGAUACAGUCCCACUAUACGAAUUGGUAAACUGGCAAAUGAACUCAGAAGGUAUAGCGCAUGUUGUGACAGUGGGGCAUUAUGAUGGACUUGUACAUCCCGAUAAAAGGCUGUUUAUCAACAAAGACGAUAUUGUCUGGAUAGGUGGGGGAAAGGAGGCCCCUCGCGGAGUGUGUUCUGACAGCUGUCCUCCUGGUACAUGGAAAACAGUGAAAAAGGAGGAGCCUGUGUGUUGUUUUAGCUGUGUGCAGUGUGCGGAUGGCCAAAUCACAAACAUAACAGAUGCAUUAUCUUGCUUGAAAUGCUCCUCGGAAUACUGGUCCAAUCAGUUCAACAACCGCUGCUUGCCUAAGGAAAUCGAGUUUCUCUCCUUUGAUGAUCAAAUGGGGAAGUCACUGGUCAUUCUGGCAGUGGUUGGAGCAGGGUUAACAUUAGCCACAGCUGGAAUAUUUUAUAAAUUCAGAAGCACUCCCCUGGUUAAAGCUAAUAAUUCUGAUCUAAGCUUCCUCCUACUUUUUGCACUAAUCCUGUGCUUUCUGUGCUCACUUACAUUCAUCGAUAAACCAUCCCGGUGGUCCUGCAUGUUACGACACACAAUAUUCAGUAUUAGUUUUGUUCUCUGUCUCUCUUGUAUCCUGGGAAAGACAAUUGUUGUGCUGAUGGCAUUCAAGACAACAAUGCCCAAUAGCAAGAAGAAGAUCAAGUGGUUUAGUCCCAUACGUCAAAGAAUAAACGUUUUCAUCCUUACAUUUAUCCAGACUUUACUAUGUAUCCUCUGGCUUACCACCUCCCCUCCUUUCCCUGUGAAAAACACUUCAUACUACAAGUCUAUAAUCAUUCUAGAAUGUAAUGUGGGCUCCAUGGCGUACUUUUGCUGUGUGUUUGGUUAUAUUGGUGCUUUGUCAUGCGUGUGUUUUGUACUUGCAUUUUUAGCUAGAAAACUACCGAAUAAUUUCAAUGAAGCUACAUUUAUAACCUUUAGCAUGCUCAUCUUUUGUGCAGUUUGGAUAACUUUCAUCCCAGCUUAUGUCAGCUCUCCUGGGAAAUACACAGUGGCUGUAGAAGUAUUUGCUAUUUUAGCAUCUAGCUUUGGUCUCUUAGUCUGUAUUUUUGUUCCCAAAUGUUACAUUAUAAUUUUUAAACCUGAAAAGAAUACAAAGAAAUAUUUAAUGAAGAAAUAA